UAAUAGAUUUUUUAAAUGGAGCUCUCGAGGCUGUUUUAAAUGUAAAGUCUAUGUCUGAAAUGAAUUACUCCUCCAAGUGAAGUGUACAAAACUAAACCAUGGAAAAUGUUACUUCAAAUCCAGAUAACCAGACGCUUGGUCCAUGGACUGAUUAUAGCAUGGAAUACAAAGUGGUCAGCAUAUUUUUUGUGAUCCUCAUCUGUGGGAUAGGAAUAGUUGGAAACGUUAUGGUGAUUCUAGUUGUUCUUACAACCAAACACAUGCGGACACCCACCAACUGUUACCUGGUGAGUUUGGCGGUGGCCGACCUGAUGGUUCUGACUGCGGCGGGACUGCCGAAUAUUACAGAGAGUUUGUAUGGAGGAGGCUGGGUGUACGGAUACGUCGGGUGCCUUAGCAUAACUUAUUUCCAGUACUUGGGCAUCAACGCGUCUUCAUGCUCAAUCUCCGCUUUCACCAUUGAGCGGUACAUAGCCAUCUGCCACCCCAUAAAAGCGCAGUUUAUGUGCACUCUGUCAAGAGCAAAGAAAAUCAUAGUGGUCGUUUGGGCUUUUACCUCGCUCUACUGCGCCUUGUGGUUUUAUCUGUCUGACACGAAAGAGUUGAUUUACGACAAUAUUACCUUGGUCUCAUGCGAAUACAAAGUGUCAAGAAAUCUUUACCUGCCAAUCUACUUCACUGACUUUGCCGUGUUCUAUGUGGUGCCUCUCAUGCUGGCCACUGUUCUGUAUGGAUUUAUCGCUAGAAUUCUUUUCCUCAACCCGUUGCCGGCAGACCCCAAGGAAAAUACAAAAAAGUGGAAAAAAGAAUCAUGCCAAGGAAAUAGGAUGAUGAGCACCAACAAUUCAUCCUGUAGCACAACUGCCCGCUCUCGCAGACAGGUGACUAAGAUGUUAGCUGUGGUGGUGGUACUCUUCGCCCUCCUCUGGAUGCCCUACCGGACGCUGGUGGUGGUAAACUCCUUCCUGGACAAGGCUUACCUGGACCACUGGUUCCUACUCUUCUGCCGCAUCUGCAUCUACCUGAACAGUGCCGUCAACCCGGUCAUCUACAACGCCAUGUCUCAGAAGUUCCGCACCUCCUUCAAGAAGUUGUGUCACUGCGGUCCGCAGCGAUUGGAGAAGCCGGCGUCUUACAGCGCGGCCCUGACCUACAGCGUCAUCAAGGACACAACCAAUGGAGAGAGCCCUGACCACUUUACUACCGAGAUGGACGAGUUGGCCACGCCCACACCCAGUGACCAGUUCCUGCCCAGCACCAAGAGGAUGUCAUUCGAGGACCCCUCUCUGUCAUGCAGGGUUGCCCUUAGCACUCCCUGACAGAAAAAGUAAAUCCAUUCAGGCUCUAGUUUGUGAAUUCUAUUCUAUAAUUCAGUUUCUGCAGAGGAAUUGCUCUAAUAUUUCAGCAGUACAAAGGCAAACAUUAAAUACCAGAAAUGUGUGGUUAAUAGAGGAAUGAAUGCUUAAUUUCUUUAUCUAGCAUGGUGAAAAUAUAUUCUCCCCUCUCUGUAGCCAUCUUAGCACAAAGCACCCAAUUAUAGGCAUUGUUUAAAUCGGUCUUAAACAUUGUGUGACACACAGAUUUAAUUUGCCAGGUAAUACUGCUUUCACUGCUUUCACAUACUGAGCGACAGUUUCCAUCUCUGUAGAGUGGAAAAAAGGGAAAGAUAUUAUCCCUCUUUUUUUAUCUGGGGAAGUCUAGGCCAGGUACUCAGUGUGUGUGUGUGUGUGUGUGUGUUUUUAAAAGCUCACUCUACAGGAGGAGUCAAACUGUCUGGCCAUAGUUGUUUGAACCAUCCUGCUACUUUGCAUGUUUGAAAAAAGCAUAGAGAGAAUGUGAUCACUGACCACAUUUCAAAGGCAAAAUUCAAAGGAGGCAGAGUAUUAAAACCAUCUCUGCUCGAGGAGUGUAAAUAUCACACAUUGCUUUGAAACCCGCCUGUCAGGGAAAUAGAGAUGAGGUGAGAUGAAAUUUCUUUAAAGGUUACAGAUGAUGAAAAGGACUGAGAGCAAAGCAAUGACACUCCAGUUCUUUCAUCCGUUUGAUUGCUCAAUGUCAUUUGACUUUGUUGUAACCUUAAUGGUUACUAUAAAUCAGGCUCACCUGAUAUGGAACGUUCUGCAGGGGCUAGUGUCAAAAAUGUAUAGUAACCUUAUGGCUAAAAGGUUCACCUGAUAUAGAACUUUCCACAGUGGCUAGUGUCAAAAAAAAUGCAGCAUGGUUAAACAUCCUGCUGUCCCCAUAAUGGACUACUGUGGUGUGGAUUCAAUCAAAAAGAGUUGAAAGGCCCAGAGUCCAUAAUGAGAAAGUUAUUUGACGACUCAGACACCUGGGUGGUUGAUUGGUUGUCUCUAGGUCAGGGGCCUGACAUGACCAGACCAAACAUUAUGUUGACAUCCGCAAAAGCAGAGACUGAUGGUAGCAUUUCCCCUUAAUGGAUCCCCCCCAGCACAUCCCACAGAGCAGCUAUUCCCAAACUGGGGUACGCGCAAUGCCGUCGGGGGUACGCCAAAUAAAAAGGUGAUUCACAUUAAAUGAAAAAGAUAAAAAAUUCUUCACAUUUUCAAACAGUCCAUUUAUAUUUUCCAACGGGGCUAUAUAUUUGGGUGAGUUUUUUUUUCUCACCUGAGAAACCUCGUUUCACUGCCAAAAAUUAAAUUAAACCAUCUAGUGUUCAGCAAAAUAAUAACACAAUGUCAAAUACAGGUAGCCUAGUCAAAUAAUGAACAUCCAAUCACAUUAACCGUUACUCUCUCGCGGGAAUUCCACUAACGGUCCGUAUGUAGCCAAACAUAGCUGCUGCUCAUUCCGUUUGUUCGAAAAUGGAUAAAUAGUUACAAAAAGUAAGGCCCACGUCCAUAGAGACGCAUACCAGCUCUACUGGUAGUACUGCUACUACCAGCAGUACUACACCUGCACCUGUCGACGAUACAAGUCGUUUUGCUUCCACGAGCACAUCCAAUGCUAGCAUCAGUGAUUCUACAUUUGUUGUUAGCCCAGCUAGCAUGGACACUGACAGUUGUGAAUCUGAUACAGCCGAAGAGCUAUUGCCCCAUUACCCAGGAAAGCACCGAACAACAGACAGGGACAUUGGACCAUAGAAGAGACGCAAAUAUGAUGAGAACUACACUUAUAUUGGGAGUAGUGCCUUUCCUCAGCCACAGUGUGUUAUAUGUGCAAAAGUACUAUCUCACAACUCGAUGAAACCUUCACUCUUGCGCAGACAUUUAGAAACAAAACAUGCCAAUUUGAAAAAUAAGCCACAGGAGUUUUUUGAGCGAGAAUUAAGAUGACUUUUGAGUAGUAAGACAUGUAUAAAAGCAACAGAUACCAUGAACAACAGAUACUGUCUUAUAUGGUGAACUACCGAGUGGCUAGGACAGGCAAGCCACAUACUAUCGUGGAGGACUUAAUUCUACCUGCUGCCGUGGAUAUGGCUGGGACAAUCCUGGGGGAAAGGCCAAAAAAACGACACCUUCAGCAAACAACACUGUUUCACAACGCAUCAGUGGCAUGGCAGGAGAUGCUUUGAAACAAUUACCGCUUCGCAAACAAGCCAGUAAAUUCUGUGCGUUACAGCUGGAUGAGUCAACAGACGUGGCGGGCCUGGGACAGCUCCUGGAAUAUGUCCGCUAUGGAAUUUUUGGAAACCAGGACAACAGGAGAGGAUAUUUUUAAGGUACUGGACAGCUUUGUGACAUCAAAUGGACGUGGUCAAAAUGAGUUGGUAUCUGUACUGAUGGCGCAAAAGCCAUGACAGGGAUACAUAGUGGAGUGGUAACGCGCGUGCCAGCCGUUGCUCCCCGAUGCCACUUAGGUACACUGCAGCAUCCACCGAGAGGCUCUUGCUGCCAAAGGAAUGUCUGACAGAUUGUGAAAGACGUUUUGGACACUAUGGUUAACUUUGUUAAAGCAAUGCUCCUGAACUCUCGUGUAUUUUCUGCACUAUGCAAUGAUAUGGGCAGCGACUAUGUAACAUUUUUACAACAUGCAGAAGUGCGCUGGUUAUGAAGGGGCAAAGUAUUGACAUGAUCUUUUGAAUUGCGAGAGGAGCUUAAAGUUUUCUUUACUGACCGUAAUUUUCACUUGUCUGACCGCUUGCAUGAUGAUGAGUUUCUCACACAACUGGCCUAUCUGGCUCAUGUUUUUUUCUCACCUGAAUGAUCUGAAUCUAGGAUUACAGGGACCUUCCGCAACUAUAUUCAAUGUGUGGGACAAAAUUGAGGCUAUGAUUAAGAAGUUGGAGCUCUUCUCUGUCUGCAUUAACAAGGACAACACACAGAUCUUUCCAUCAUUGUAUGAUUUUUGUGUGCAAAUGAACUCAAGCUUACGGACAACGUCAAAUGUGAUAUAGCGAAGCACCUGAGUGAGUUGGGUGCGCAAUUACGCAGGUACUUAACCGAAACGGCUGACACAAACAACUGGAUUCGUUAUCUCUUCCAUGCCCUGCCUCCAUUCCACUUACCAAUAUCUGAACAAGAGAGCCUUAUCGAAAUUGCAACAAGCGGUUCUGUGAAAAUUGAAUUUAAUCAGAAGCCACUGCCAGAUUUCUGGAUUGGGCUGCGCUCAGAGUAUCCUGCCUUGGCAAAUCGUGCUGUUAAGACACUGAUGCCCUUUGCAACCGCGUACCCAUGUGAGAGUGGAUUCUCGGCCCUCACUAGCAUGAAAAUUAAACACAGGCACAGACUGUGUGUGAAAAAUGAUUUAAGACUGAGACUCUAAUACAACCCAACAUUGCAGAGUUAUGUGCGUCAUUUAAAGCACACCCUUCUCAUUAACCUGUGGUGAGUUAUUCAUUUUUUUCGAUGAACAAAUAAAGUUGGAUAUGUAAGAUAUAAUAAAGAAAGAGUAAAAUGAUUGAUUAUUAUUAUAUUAUUAUUUGUGCCCUGGUCCUGUAAGUGCUCUUUGUCACUUCCCAUGAGCCGGGUUGUGACAAAAACUCACAUUCAUUCUUAUGUUUAAUAAAUGUAUCGUAUAGUAUGUGUAUGGCAGGCUUUAAAUGAUUGCAAAAAACAACAUUUGAGAGUGCGCUGAUCCUGGUGCUAGAGGGGGUACACAUCUGGAGGUUGAACGUUUGAAGGGGUACGGGAAUAUAAAAUGUUUGCGAACCACUGCCACAGAGCAAAGGCGAGAUUAGAGGAUUCAUCACUGCCAAAGUGUCCUACUUUGUAGAUUUGAGGGAGGCUGGUGUGUCAUGGUACAGCCAUAAAGCACGGGAGGCUGGUGUGUCAUGGUACAGCCAUAAAGCAUGGGAGGCUGGUGUGUCAUGGUACAGCCAUAAAGCACGGGCACAGUGUCAAAAAAACAGAAAGAUAAAACAUAAAAGGAACGAGCAUUGAUUGAAUUUAGAAUUCAAAUCAAGAAAAAAAGAUACAGUUCUUUGCUGUUUAUUUUAUACUGAUGAAACGGCCUCUCUGUCCCUUUUGGGAUGCUGUAAAAAUGCUUGCAAGUGAUUGUUCGGUACCAUGAGAAAUGUAUGUUUUUCAAUGUAUGUUUCAAGACCUGUUUUCAAUCCGUACCUUUGCCCCAUUUAAAUUGUCUGCCAGUAGAGCUAUUGCGUAAUAACGUUGUUUGUUUGGUUCAGUUGUAUUGUUUGUUCCAAUCAAUGUACAGUAUUUUUGCUAUGGAGGGAUCAAUGUGGAGCUACGCUGUUCUUCACUACAACUGCAGUAUGUUUCAGAGAAGGUAUGUGCACUUUCAUCUACUGUGUCCGCUGCACAGUUUCCACCAUAAAAGGGAGUGGUGCCUGGUAGCGAGUUUGCAGCAUGGACACUGUAAAACAUAUGAUGUUGUGGUGUGAUUUCAAAAAGAAAGAAAUCUAUGUACAGUAUACAGUUUCUCUUCACUCAGCAAUGUUGUGGAACCUGGUCUCUCCUGCUGACAGUUCUCUGCAUUGUAAAAACUGCUCUUGUUGUUUGGAUGGUUUGUGUUUUGUAUUUUGCAUUGUUAAUUGUCUAUAAGAAAUAAAUGGAUCACUGAU